GGGAGGGGACUGCGACGGGGACGGCAUCCGCGCAGCUGUCGCUCGGGACUCGCCCGCGGCCUCCAUCGGGGCCGGGCCGAGCGCCGCCUGGACUUGAGGUUGUGCAGCAGUGACUGCCUCAGUUUCCUUCAAGUCCUAUCCUUGGGGCCAGCUGUAACCCCACGGAUGGUGGGGUCAUCGCUUGUCUUAGAUUUUCCUAUAUUUAUUUUUUGUUUAUGCGUGCGCGUGUGGAGGUCAGAGGACAACUUGCCGGAGUCGGUUCUUUUAAUUCUUCCACUUGGUUUCUGGGAAUCGAACUCAGGCUCCUGAGCACACACUACACACUGGACACUCAAAUCCAGAUGGAAAAAUCCUCCCCUUCCAGAGCAGGCAUGAGUGAUCCAGACAAAGAAGGAGAGGUCCAGAGAGGCUGACUGAGUGCCCCUGAGGUGACCCAGCCUGGAGACUGUGAGCCACCUUGGGACGGGAGUGAGCAGAGCUGGGUGAGCGGCUUGCGGUGCAGGCCUUGUGGCCAUGAAACUCAACGAGCGCAGCCUGGCCUUCUACGCGACCUGUGACGCUCCGGUGGACAAUGCGGGCUUCCUGUACAAACGUGGUGGGCGUGGGGCCGGCUCGCACCGGCGGUGGUUCGUGCUUCGCGGCAACAUGCUCUUCUACUUCGAGUCGGAAUCGAGCCGAGAGCCACUGGGCGUCAUCCUGCUGGAGGGCUGCACGGUGGAGCUGGUGGACGCCCGGGAGGAGUUCGCCUUCGCCGUGCGCUUUGCGGGUGGCCGUUCCCGGCCGUAUGUGCUGGCAGCGGACAGCCAGGCCGCCCUGGAGGGCUGGGUGAAGGCACUGUCCCGGGCCAGCUUCCACUACCUGCGCUUGGUGGUGCGUGAGCUGGAGCAGCAGCUGGCAGCCAUGCGCGAGGGAAGCCCGGCCAACGCCUUACCCGACGCCAACCCAAAUCCAGUUUUGAACCCGAAACCCAAGGAAAACGGCCGGGCGGUGUGGAGCGCUCUGCCUGAGCAACCCGCUGUAGCCCCCCGCCGCCCACCACUGCCACCCCGCCGCAGGGCCUCCGCGGCCAACGGGCCCUCGGUAUCCUUCGCCCAGCUGCAUGAGCGAUACGGACUCGAGGUGCGGGCCCUCAGGAAUCAGUGGCGUGGAGGCCUCGCCAGCCUGGAAGUCCCCUGGCAUCCUGGUUCUGGUGAGACUCAAACCCAGGACCAGCCCUAAGAGACCUAAUGGCUGUGAGCUUGGAUGCAAGCCAGGGGACAUAGGACACAUGACUCAGGAGAUCUGGGCUCCUGGGGUCAGAGGCACGCACUUCUGAGAAGAAUCUGGGACCUGAACCUGAAGGUGCUUCUAGAGCCCAAGGAGCUGGUUUCUAGAGGACUCUGCCCCAGGGUAGCCUGGGUGGACCUCGAUGGCCCUGGAGCUGUGGGGCUCAGGGUCCAGCUGGUGCCCGGCCUCUCAAGAAUCUGAGGCUUGAACCUGCUGUCUGCUAUCUGCUGUCUGCUGUCUGCUGCUGUCUCAGCGGCUGCUCUGGGCAAAAGCAGUAGGUAGAGGGUGGAGCUUGAAUGGGAUAGGUCCCCAAGGCUUCUGGCCUGGAUCCUGCUAAGGCAGGACUUUGCCCAGUUUUGCAGGCAGGCCUCACAACUCUGCUUGGGCAGGAGCAGGGCCUUUCAGGCCUGGGCUGGGAUCCAGCUCCUCACAGGUUCACCUGGAGGAGACAGGCCUCCAACUGAUCCCAUGCCUGCAGGGGGAGAGUCCAGGCACUGUCCCUGGCCACUGCAGGUGACCAGUGAGCCUCCAAGCUGGGCCUACUUCCCACUCACCACAGUGCUGGCUGUGUUCCAGAGUGUUGGGCAGGCCGAGCAGCCCCACCUGGGUCUUGUUUACAGUCCUCCUCAGUGCCCCGCCCGGGGACUGGAGGACACUACUCAAUCUCGGCAUCCUAUGGACAGAUUUCACCUGGUCCCCCCUUCUCUGUCCCUGGAGGCCCUGAGCUGGGGUUCCAUGGGUUCUGUCUUCGCCAGAGCCUCUUGGCUCCCUGCUGGCUCAGGGGCCAGGGCUUGGCUGUGGGUUUUUUGAAGUACACAGGAUACUGUCUUUUCCAUACCCACCCCCACCACUUUUGUCACUGUUGGCUGGCUGGAAGGGGUGGCAUUGUCCCUAGGGAGCCAGGCCCUAGCAGGAGACACACAGGCGCCUACUGACUUGGCCCUUACCUCGCCCUCUGUCUCCUGGGCUCAGCUCUCUGCACAGGUAGUGCCUCUGGGGACUUGGUCUCCUCAACUCUCCCACUCUGGGCUCAGGACGUCCGGAGUGGCCCAGCUGGAGGCCUGAGGUGUAGACUCUAGUCCGUGCGGGGUGGGUUUACAAACUCUAAAGGUACAGGACAGAAGCUGGGGGGCAAGGAUAGAGAUGCCCCCUUUCCCCAAAGCACAAGAUAAAGUCCAGCUGAUUCUGGCGUAGGAGAGAGAAUCAGCCACGGACGGGGUACGAGGGCCAAAAUAAAAGCUGGUCUAGUAA